CGGGUUCAGAAGCGGUCCUAGUGCGACCUCCUUCACGUGUUCCUAGAGACACAUUAGGAAGUAAAGGUUGGCCAGGUUGCUGGUUUGGCUGCUCAGGAUUUCAGGCAGUCUUCCCCAGCGCUGCCUGCAGACCCCAGGAAUUGCGGCUGGCCCGUUCUGUACGCAAAGCAUUGAGCUCUCCCCUGAGGUGGAGUUACCCUUCGCGGCAGCCAUGGAGAAGGGGCUAUCAUCAAUGGAAGCAGCGGGAAACGGGGAGAAGCAGCAGCAGUUUGCAACUCCUGUUCCUGAGAAUGAGCCUGAGGAAUGCGAAGAGAACUGUGGAGGCCUCUGGGAGCUGCCCGUGGAGCUCAGCGCGCGGAGACCGGAGUGUGACCGCUGCGGUCGUCCUCAAAAGGUGUGCCUCUGUCCAUUCUUGCCAGUUCAUCCUUUGAAAGUCUCCACUUGUUUAUAUAUUAUCCAGCAUCCAGCAGAGGAAAGUAGAGUGCUACGAACAGUGCCUCUUCUAACUGCUUGUCUUCCUGAAGACAAAUGUAAAGUCUUGAUUGGCCGACGCUUCAAUGAAGACAGGUACCCUGAAUUAGCAUCUGUAUGCAGAAGUUCAAAUACCUUAAUAUUGUAUCCUGGAGCUGGAGCAACGAAUUUGGAAGAAAUGGAUUUGAAUUCCACUAAUUCUUAUGUGAUCAUAAUCAUCGAUGGAACAUGGAAUCAAGCAAAAGAUAUAUUUUUAAAGAACUCCAUUUUUCAAAUGCCUAAGCAGGUACAACUGAAAACCAGCUUUUCAAGUCAGUACGUAAUUCGUACCCAGCCCACAAAUGCAUGCCUGUCCACACUUGAAUGUGCAGCUAUUGCCCUUGCCAUCAUGGAAAAAAAUGAUGUUAUUAAAGAGACUGUACUCCGUCCUCUUCAAGCUCUUUGUGCUUUCCAGAUCCAGCAUGGUGCCCAAGUCCAUCACAGCAAAGAGCAUCUUCUUAAAAAUGGUUUAUAUGACAAACCAAUGCCAAAAAAUAAACGCAAACUCAGGAGAAUGGAACUUUUAGUGAAUAAUGUUAAAAUUUAGGAGUCCCAUAUAGAUUUAGUAUUAAAAUAUUUUAUUCCUUUUAGCUAAUGAAGCAGAGUUGAUUAUGGAUUUCAUCCAAAUAACCAUCUCCUAAAAUGAAACAAAUUCACGUGGCUCCCUGCGCAGAGUUCAAGUGUGAUACAAAAGCAAAAUGCCUGCGAAGCUUUUGGAAUUUCUGCCUGCUUUUUUUCAAGACAAUAAUAAUGAUAAAGAUGCAGCAAGAAAUCUUUAACAUUAACAUUUCUUAAGUGUUUUGUUUUGACUUUAAAGAGUAAUAAUUAAAUCAUAAUUUGAAUGUUUUCCCCUUAAUUUCUUAUUAAAGCGGACAUAUGUAAUAUAAAUAUGGAUAUGGCAGGUGUAUAUUGGUACUGUGUAUUGGUACCAUGUAUAUUGGUACCUGGAAGCCCUAGUAGACACAAGAAUCCAAAAUACCUGCUUUCUUAACUUAAAUAACAGUUAACAAACGUGUUUUGAGAUAAGUGUAUUUUGGGGCCUAUGUUUUCCUAUAUCAUUAAAGCCUGGCAAAAAAUAGACAUUCCAAUCUUAAAACGGCAAGCAAAAAAAGAAUAUGGGACAUUCUGUGUUUCUAUGAGAUUGUGAACAUCGUGGCCAUGGCAACUGAAUACAUGAAAGCACAAACUUUUUGUAGAUAUAGCUUGCUAGAUCAUGGUGAUUACAUUCUAUUUUUUCUUGGUGGCAUUGUUUUGUUUAUGUCAGAAGAUUAUAUUUUUAUAUAGAUAGUACAUUUUUAUUGAAGUUGAGGACUGUUAUAAAUUAAAUAUUAAGAGAUGAAAAAUAACACCUUGAGUCAAUAUUAUAUAUCUAACCAUGUAGUUUGUCUAGAUAGAAAUGAAAUCAAUACUUCUGAGAUUAUAAAUUGCAAGUAAAAACUGCUAAUUUUGAGAGAGAAUAUUGCUAUUGUAGAUAGACCUAGAUGAAACAUUUAUACUUGGGAAGUUACUAGCAAUUAGGCUUUGUUUGUAUUGAUGAGAAUGAUGCCAUUUUUUGCUUAUUUCAAACUCAGUAAAGCAUAAUUCUGUUAUUUUA